AUGGGUCGCGAAGAGCAGGUCGAAGAGCGCGAAGUGCUCGAAUCCAUUUUCCCUGAAGAAAUCACAGACAUCUCCGAGACGGAAUUUCGGAUAAAAGUCGUCCUUGACAUCCCCGACGAAGAAACCCCCGAAGACGAAGAACCUCCCAGCUUCCUCCUCUCCGUCCGCUACCCCGAUGACUACCCCGACGAGGCGCCUCACCUCGAUAUCCUGGCCUCACCCAACUGCCCGUCCCACCUGCACUUCAGCGUAGGCGAUGAUCGCGACCAGCUGCUCGCCGAUCUCGCCGACACCAUCCAGGAGAACCUCGGCAUGGCCAUGGUCUUCACGCUGUACUCGACGCUCAAGGAAGCCGCCGAGCAGCUCGUCCAGGACCGCAAGGCUGCGGCUGAAAAGGUGAUUGAGGAGGAGAAGCUUGCGGCCGAGCGCGAGGAGAACAAGAAGUUCCACGGCACGCCCGUCACGCCAGAGACGUUCCUCAAGUGGCGCGAGGGCUUCCUGCGCGAGAUGGAGGAGCAGCGCGUGCGUGAGGAGGAGGAGCGGCUGGCCGAGCUGAAGAAGGCAAAGGUCAAGGAGCCUGUCAAGAUGACGGGGAGACAGCUCUGGGAGAAGGGCUUGGCUGGCAAGGGUGACGAAGAGGAGGAAGAAGAGGGGUUGGCGGAUGGUGUUGAGCAGCUCAAGGUGGAGGCUGUUUAG